AUGGCGCGAGCCAAGGAAGAGAGUGCUAGCAAGAAGACCAGCACUCCUUCUUCCUCCGCUAAACCAGGUCCCAAGCAACAGAGCAUCGCAGGCUUCUUCAAGAAACAGCCAGCAGCAACCCCAUCAAGUGCCACACCUGCCAAGCGACUUCUCGACUCCAAAGCUUCCAACCUGGCGUCAGACAUUGGAGAUGCGUCCAGUAUUCUCGCUUCCAGCCCGCCCACAGCUGCAGGUGCGUCCGCACAGAGCUCUGUGAUAGAAGGCCGGGGCAAAGAGAACGAAACGCCAGGCACGUUGUACUCCAGCCCGUCUCGAAAGGCAAAGAAGCAAGUCAACUACGCUGAAUCCGACGACGACGAGGAUGAAGUGUUCAAGCCACUCUCGGGCAACAGACGUGCUGCGAAGCGACGUCGUAUCAGCGUCAAGGAUGAUGAUUCCGAGGAUGAGUUUGGGCUUGAUGCCGGUACUCAGGCAGCAAUGCUUGAGAGCGAUGAAGGUGUGUACUCUUCUUACCCGCCCACUGGAUCUACGUACGAUCAAGCUUCAGUCGUACCCAACAUGGAUGAUUUUGUCGUAGAUGACGAACUCGAAGACGACGCAAAACCAGCCAAGAAAAAGAAGCGAGCGUCCGCUGCUCCGUCGGCGAAGCAGUCCCCAGAAAUCAAGCCGCCGUCACCAAUUCGUGACGACAGCGAGGAGAUCCCGGAGUCUGGGUCGACUGCACAGCAAUGGAAGUUUGACCCGGAGGCGCCUCUAUCGACAGAUCCUUACAAACCACCUCCAUCACGAAAGCCUACUUCCACUGACUCCCAGAAGAAGCAGAAAGCACACCAUACGGACCCUUCUGAGCGCUACACUUGGCUUGCUAGUAUUCAAGAUGCAGAUCGACAUGCACCAGACCAUCCAGACUACGAUCCACGGACUCUGUACAUUCCUCCAAUGGCGUGGAAUAAGUUCUCACCCUUUGAGAAGCAAUACUGGGAGAUCAAGUCCAAAUUCUGGGACACGAUCGUGUUCUUCAAGAAGGGCAAAUUCUACGAAUUGUACGAGAACGAUGCAACCGUCGGCCAUCAGCUAUUUGACCUGAAGCUCACCGAUCGAGUCAACAUGCGCAUGGUGGGUGUGCCAGAAGCAAGUCUCGAUCACUGGGCAAACCAGUUCGUUGCGAAAGGCUUCAAAAUCGCUCGUGUCGAUCAAAUGGAGACUGCGCUUGGCAAAGACAUGCGAGAACGCGACACAAAGGCGAAGAAGGAAGAAAAGGUCAUUCGAAGAGAGCUCGCUUCUGUCCUCACCAGCGGUACUCUGGUCGAGGGUGGCAUGCUGCAAGACGACAUGGCUACCUAUUGUGCUGCCAUCAAAGAGACGGAGACUGACGGUCGACCGCAUUUUGGCAUUGCUUUUGUCGACACUGCCACUGCUCAAUUCCAUCUGGCAGAGUUCGUGGACGAUGUCGACAUGACUCGCUUCGAGACAUUCGUCGCUCAGACUCGUCCUGGCGAACUUCUGCUCGAGAAGGGCUGUAUUUCCGCAAAGGCUCUUCGAAUUUUGAAGAACAACACUCCGCUGACCACGAUCUGGAACCACCUCAAGCCAGACAAGGAAUUCUUGACAGCCGAUAAGACGCGAAUGAAGAUCAAUGGCGAAGCAUACUUUGAGAAGGUCGAAGACGAUGAUUCGGACUCAUGGCCCCCUGUGCUACGAGAGGCUAGCGAGAACGAGCAGGCUUUUUCUGCCCUCGGAGCACUCAUCUGGUACUUGAACAUGCUGAAGAUUGAGCGUGACUUGCUCACCUGCUCCAACUUCGCCUGGUACGACCCGAUUCGCAAGGCAUCGAGCCUGGUGCUAGACGGACAAAGCUUGAUCAAUUUGGAGAUCUUCGCCAACACAUUCGACGGCAGUACUGACGGUACUCUGUUCACGAUGCUGAACCGUUGCGUAACUCCAUUCGGCAAGCGCAUGCUGAGACAAUGGGUCUGCCAUCCCCUCGCUGAUGCCCGGAAGAUCAAUCAACGCUUCGAUGCUGUUGAUGCACUCAAUGCCGAUAGAACCGUCAUGGACCGCUUCACAUCAUCACUGUCGAAACUGCCGGACCUCGAACGCUUGAUCUCUCGCAUCCAUGCCGGGCGUUGUAAACCACAGGAUUUCGUCAAGGUCCUCGAAGGCUUUGAGCAGAUCGAAUACACAAUGUCUCUCCUUGGCUCGUUCGGCUCUGGUGAGGGAUUGCUGGGUCAGCUUAUUGAGUCGAUGCCUGAUCUUGCAGGCGCACUAAAGGACUGGAAUGAUGCAUUCGAUCGGCCCAAGGCCAAAGAGGAAGGUCUUAUCAUCCCAAAACCUGGUGUCGAAGAAGAAUUCGACGAGAGCCAAGAGCGUAUCGACGGCAUAGAGCAGGACCUGGAGAAGCUCGUCCAGAAAUGGCGCAAGGAACUUGGCUCUGGCAAAGUCAAGUUCACCGACAAUGGAAAGGAAAUCUACCAGCUGGAAGUGCCCCUCAAUGUCAAGGGCAUUCCCAAGAAUUGGAAGCAGAUGUCAGCCACCAAGCAGGUCAAGCGAUGGUACUUUCCAGAACUCGAAGGCCUCGUGCAGGACUUGAAAGAGGCGCAAGAGACUCAUGGUCAGGUUGUUAAGGCCAUGUCUGGACGAUUCUUCGCCCGCUUCGAUGUGAGCUACACGACCUGGCUGGCAGCUGUCAAGGUUGUGGCCAACCUUGACUGCCUCAUCUCCCUCGCAAAGGCGUCGGCAUCGCUCGGUUCUCCCUCUUGCAGACCUGAGUUUGUGGAAGAUGACGAGGCUCGCGGCGUCCUUGAAUUCCAAACUCUCCGCCACCCAUGCAUCGAGACGACUACAAGCUUCAUUCCCAACGACAUUGGACUGGGAGGAGAUGCUGCGUCUGUCACAUUGCUGACCGGAGCCAACGCAGCGGGUAAAUCAACCAUUCUGCGCAUGACCUGUAUUGCAGUAAUCCUGGCUCAGAUUGGCUGCUACGUGCCAUGCGACUAUGCCAGAAUGACACCAGUGGACCGUAUUAUGUCUCGACUUGGCGCACACGACAACAUCUUCGCGGGCCAGAGUACCUUCAUGGUCGAGCUGAGCGAGACGAAGAAGAUCCUUUCCGAGGCCACGCCACGAUCUCUCGUCAUUUUGGACGAACUCGGCCGCGGAACGAGCAGCUACGAUGGCGUUGCCGUUGCUCAGGCUGUCCUCCACCACAUCGCGACGCAUGUUGGUUCGUUGGGCUAUUUUGCUACCCACUACCAUUCGCUUGCCACGGAGUUCCAGCAUCAUCCUGAAAUCUCUGCCAAGCGCAUGGCUGUCAGAGUUGAACAUGACAUUCGAGACGUAACCUUCCUCUACCAGCUUGAGGACGGCGUCGCCGAGGGUAGCUACGGCAUGCACUGCGCUGCCAUGUGCGGCAUACCCGACAAGGUCAUCGACCGUGCUGAACAGGCUGCGCAGAACUGGGAGCAUACAGGCCGCAUCAAGGAGUCUCUUGAGAAAGCCAAGGAGAGCAACUGGCUUCCGCUUGGCCUGCUCAGCGAUGUUAGCCACGUGCUCAAGGGCUCUACCGAUGAAGAGAGUGGUGUGAGUGAGAGAGGCCUGGACGUGCUCCGCAAGGCUAUCGCAGCUUUGUGA